AUGAAGAUUUCCACUGCUGCAUUGGCUGUGGCGGUGGUGCUGAGUGUUUUCUUGGGUGCCAGCAGCGACGGCGAUAUGCCGUCAACGACUCCGCGGGUGAAGACGGUGAGGGGGAAGAAGGUGUGUGACAGAGGGUGGGAAUGUAAAGGGUGGUCCCAGUACUGUUGCAAUCUCACCAUCUCCGAUUUCUUCCAAACUUACCAGUUUGAGAAUCUCUUCUCCAAAAGAAACACGCCGGUGGCGCAUGCCGUUGGCUUUUGGGAUUAUCAGUCGUUUAUUACUGCUUCUGCCCUCUUCCAGCCUCUUGGGUUCGGGACCACUGGUGGGAAGCUUAUGCAGAUGAAGGAGAUCGCCGCCUUUCUUGGACAUGUCGGCAGCAAAACCUCUUGUGGUUAUGGUGUGGCCACAGGAGGACCAUUGGCCUGGGGACUUUGCUACAACAGGGAAAUGAGUCCCAUGCAAUCAUACUGCGAUGACUAUUACAAAUACACAUACCCCUGCACUCCUGGAGCUGAAUACUAUGGUCGUGGUGCUUUGCCGAUCUACUGGAACUACAAUUAUGGUGCAGCUGGAGAAGCUUUGAAGGUUGAUCUGUUGAACCAUCCUGAAUACAUUGAGCAGAAUGCUACUCUUGCUUUCCAGGCUGCAAUAUGGAGGUGGAUGACUGCUAUCAAGAAGUCACAACCCUCGGCACACGAUGCAUUUGUUGGCAAUUGGAAGCCCACCAAAAAUGAUACUUUGAGCAAGAGGUUUCCUGGAUUUGGCGCUACAAUGAAUAUUCUUUAUGGCGAUCAACUUUGUGGGCAGGGCGACAUUGAUGCCAUGAACACCAUCGUUUCCCAUUACCAGUACUACCUUGACCUUAUGGGUGUCGGACGAGAGGAGGCAGGGUCCCAUGAAGUGCUAACUUGUGCCGAGCAGGUUGCAUUUAACCCAACCAAGGCUGCUGUUACUGCAUCGUCUUGA